AUGUUUCUUGCCACUUGUGUCGUUGCUCUCUUCUGCUUUAUACCUGCGAGCAGUUUGGCUCCUCCGAACUGUGAGGAUCUGGUCCGGCCUCUGGAUCAUGUGGAUGGUCAUCAAUUGGACGGACGAUGGUUUUUGAUCGCAUACGGUCUGGUGGAACCGGAACCCCUAGGGGGGAACUAUAUGGUACAGAGUUGGGUCAUAGAGAUUUCCAAUGCCAGCUAUACCUCCAACACCAGCAACCUUUUGUUUGAGCGCAACUUACGUUUUGUUAACAGAUGCGAGUAUCAAUCCUUCAACAUCACACUUGAGGGCAACGUCCUCUCCGAAGGUAAAGUCUCCUCAACCCUCAUCCAUACCAGCUGUUCAGACUGUUUGUUAAUGCAUACAGCAAAAGGAGUAGAAGCGAACUUGCACCUGUUCAGCAAGAGGAGGGAGGUGGAGAAGGAGGUGAUGGACGAGUUCAAGACUCAGGCAGAGUGUCUGAAUAGUCAACUACCUGUGAUGAUGGAUCCCUCCAAGAAGCUCUGUCCAGACCAGAAGCCCACUCUGCCUGAAACUGAAGACUUGGCAGAGAAGCUAAAGACAGUAGAGAAUGAAGCUCCUGAUGCAUGA